AUGUGUGAUAUGAUUUUAACCUUGAGACCCAACGGAGAUAGAUAUUUCAAUGCGGUUAAAGGUGCUCAUGAAAGACGCAGUAACAUUGCUCCGCUGAGAAGCUCUUAUUUGGAGUUUGGUGCUUUUAUUGAUGGUACGCGGUUUAUUGAAUCUCCUACUGAGGGUUUGCGCUUCACCUGGUCGGGCCGUCGGCUUUUUCCUCAUCACAUGGAGUCGGUGUUGGAUAGAGCGCUUUUCUCGCAAGAGUUUGCUGACAUUUGGGAUUCUGUGGUGACUUCUGCUCUUCCUCGGCUCUCUUCGGACCACUCUCCGUUGGUUUUACAAUGCCGAAAAGUGUUACCGUUGCAACGUAGACACUUCAGAUUUCUCAAUAUGUGGGUGCUUCAUCCCACCUUUUUGGACAUGGUUUCGGAUUCUUGGUCGGCACAGACUACUGCUUCUUUCCCGAUUGUGAAUGUCAUGUUAAAGUUGAAGAACCUCCGAGCUUGCUUCCGGGUUUGGAAUCGUGAGGUCUUCGGCAAUGUGGAUUCCUCCGUUCGCAGGCUGCAAAAUCAACUGAUGGAUGUUCAGAAAAGAAUCUCCGAGAUUGGCUACACGGAGAGCCUUUUCGAUGAUGAGAUAAAACUCCAAGCGGAGUUAAAUGGCACUCUCACACAAAAGAAUAGCUUACUCCAACAAAAGAGUCGGAUUACUUGGCUGCAUGAUGGCGACAGGAACACUAAAUUCUUCCAUAGAGUCGUUAAAUUCAAAAAGAGAAACGGCCCGAUCACACGUUUGAACAUUGAUGGGACUGACGUCUAUGAGCCCAGGACUAUAGAGCAACACAUUGUUAAUCAUUUUGCUACGCUCUUCACAGAUGAUGGUAGUCCGUUGGCGGAUUCGGUGGAAAUUGAAGCUUUCUCGACGCAUGCGGUGACGGAUGAGCAGAAUAAUCUCUUAGUCCGUAUUCCUGGUGAGGGAGAAAUUAUGGCUACUGUUUUCGGCAUGGAUGCAAACAGUGCUCCUGGUCCCGGUGGCUUCUCGGGUAUGUUUUUUCAGACUUGCUGGGGUAUUAUUAAGAGUGAUGUGAUUAUUGUUGUUCAGACGUUUUUUCGUCAUUCCUAUUUGCCGAAUGGGUGUAAUUCUAACACCAUGAUUCUCAUUCCUAAGAAAGACACGGUUGACUCGGUGUCUGAUCUUCGUCCCAUCGUGCUCUCCAACUUCUUUUUCAAGAUUAUUUCGAAGAUCAUGGCUGCUAGACUUAGCGUGGUUGCCGCUGCUCAUGUUUCGCCUAAUCAGUUUGGUUUUAUUAGUGGGCGUAAUAUCCACGACUGCAUUAUGCUUAGCUCGGAGGGCUUUAACUGUAUGCAGCGCACCAACAGAGGCCUUAAUAUGGCUUGUAAAAUUGAUAUUAGAAAAGCUUUUGACACGAUUAGAUGGGGCUUCAUCGUUCAGGUUCUUCGGGCGACGGGCUAUCAUGAGGAUUUCAUUCGGUGGGUUCAGAUCAUCUUUACUUCGGCAAGGAUUUCGAUUCUCUAUAAUGGGAACCUUAGUGGUUAUUUUGCCUGCUCACGGGGCGUAAGGCAAGGAGACCCUCUUUCUCCAAUUUUAUUUGGAAUUGCCGAGGAUGUGUUGAGCAACAUUUUUCAGAGCUGUGUGGAAUCCUCGCAUUUGAUUCCAAUGGGCUUCAGCAGGACUACUAAUUUCCCUACUCACUUAUUUUACGCUGAUGACAUCAUUUUAUUUUGCAAGGCUACUGUUCAGAAUGCUCGCAAAAUACAAGAGAUUAUCAACUAUUAUGGGUCUAUCUCGGGUCAGAUCUGUAGCUCUGAAAAAUCGAAUAUCUUCUUCGCCAGGAGAGUUCCAACGGACAGACGACGUGCAAUUCAGCGUGCUUUGCAUUUCUCCAUUGGUUGUUUGCCCACUUCCUACCUUGGGGUGCCUAUUUUUAUUGGGAGGAGACGCAAGGCUUUCUUUUUGCCGAUUUAUGACCGGAUUGUUCAAAAGUUUGCCCGUUGGAAAGGACUUCAGCUUUCUAUAGCUGGUAGACUUUGUCUGGUUAAAUCGGUCAUACAAAGCUCGCUGGUGCACUCGAUGAUGGUUUACAAGUGGCCGAAUUCUCUCCUUCACUCGCUGGAUAGAAAGUGCAGAAACUUUGUGUGGACUGGAAGUGUGGAUAAAAAGCCAACUUGUGUGGUUAGUUGGGGAUGUGCCUGCUCUAUUAAAGAGGAAGGGGGUUUGGGAAUUCGUUCUUUCACCCUCAUGAAUAAAUCUUACCUGAUGAAAUUAGCUUGGAAGAUGAUUAAAGGUGUGGAUUGGGUGCACCAAAUUAUUAGAACCCGUUACCUCACAAAAUUCGGUUAUGCUAAGUUUUCGGUUGCUAAUUCGCCGAUCUGGGUUGGGGUCAAACAUGAGGUGAAUCAACUGGUGGAGAAUACUUACUCUUGCGUCAAUGGCGGUGAUAAUACUUUUUUCUGGCGUGAUGAUUGGCUUGGAUACAAGUUGGUGGACAAGCUAAAAAUCCCACAUUAUAUGCAUGAGUACCUUAACUUCUCGGUGAGGGAUUAUUUCUAUGACGGAGUGUGGCAUUUCUCGGCCUCCUUUGUUAACCGUUUUCCCGAAGUGGUUGCGGACAUUCUGCUCGUGCCGAUGAGUAGUGAUUCUGAUUCCCGCUACUGGAAAAACUCGAUAAAGGGAGACGUCUCGGCUGCUCUUGCUUUCUCUAGUUUAUGCCACGGUUUUCCCAAAGUGACGUGGGGAACUUGGAUUUGGGAGCCGUUUAUCCCUGUUCGACGGUCCAUUCUAUGUUGGAGGGUUAUACAUGGUCGUCUUCCCACGUUGGAUAUUUUAAUCCGACAAGGUUUCUCGACUCCGAAUGGUUGCUCUAUUUGCUUCUUGGGGGCGGAAUCGAUAUCUCACUUAAUGUGGGAGUGCUCGAAAAUUAGGAUUUUGUGGAAAGAGCUGCUUUCUUGGUUUCAGUUGGAUCAUCUUCGGGCGUGCACCGAUAUUCAUGAUUUUCUCGUUGCGGCUUGGAAUGUCACUUUGAGCACUCGCCUUAGGGCUUUCUGGAAAGCUGGGAUUAUAUCCCUCAUGUGGAAAAUUUGGGAUUGCAGGAAUAGGAUCAUUUUCGAGAAUGUCAGUUUUGAAGGUCGAUCUAUUUUGGCUUUUGUGAGAAGUUUUGUCAAGGAGAUUGACAACACGUCGAUGAACCUGGGCAAUACUAAUAGCUCUUGGACUGAUUAUAUGAUCUCUCGAAACCUCGGUGUGAAUAACAAGGUGGCGCCUCCUCCUCGUAUGACUGAAGUGCACUGGUGGCCUUCGGUUCAUCACUGGAUUAAAGUUAAUACUGAUGGUUCUGCACUUGGCUCGCCGGGAAUUAUCGCCGCUGGAGGAGUUUUCAGGGAUAACUGGGCGGUGGUGCGUGGCUGUUUCCAUAUUAAAGGAGGCGUUGGGUUUGCUUUUGAAGCGGAGCUGUUGGCAAUUAUCACGGCCAUCAACAUUGCUCACAGUAGGCAAUGGUUGCACCUGUGGAUUGAAUCUGACUCGACUUAUGUCGUGCGUCUUCUGGAGUCCAGGACAAUGGCUGUCCCGUGGCGUUUUAUUGCCUCCUGGAAACAGGCUCUCCACCACCUUCGUGAUAUUUCGCUGAUGGUUACGCACAUCUACAGGGAAGGCAAUCAGCCGGCUGAUAUAAUGGCGAAUAACGAUCGUCGGGAGGGAUGGUGGCCUUUCGCGAUUGAGGAAAUUAAGCUCGCGGUGUCGCGGGACAUGUCUACACAUAGUUAUGUUCGUGCUAGCAGUUGGAGGACAAUUAUGCUCAAUAGUUGGUUUGGAACUUUGGUCGAAUACUUGGUGGCCGCCUCUCACUUGGCUGUCAUCUCGGUUUUUCAUGGUUCUCACGCUUGCGUGGAUUUCAACAACAAGCAGUCGGUUGACAUGAAUUAUUGGGCUCGGCUGUUGGAUUCGGUUUUUUUAGACUUGGAGGACAAAUUGGUUCAAAAAGUUGGCUUGGGACUUUGGGCGAAGCUUGGUGGUCGUCUCCCACAUGGCUGUCACCAUGGAUCUUCUCGUUUGUAA